AUGCCUCUAAAGAAAGUUGUUGGGAAAAAGGUCCCUGCUAAUGUUCUUGAAGUUCCCAUUGAAAACAUCUCCUUUCACUAUGUUGAGAAUGUUGAAAAAUGGAAGUUUGUGUACCAAAGGAGGUUGGCUUUUGAAAGAGAACUUGGGAAGGAUUCCCUUGAAUGUAAGGAGGUAGUAAGUCUUAUUGAGAAUGCUGGGUUGAUGAAAAGUGUGGUUGGUUUUGGCAAGUGUUAUAAGAUACUUAUAAAAGAGUCCAUUGUGAAUAUUUCUAAGGAUAAUGAUAACAAGAGGAGUAAGGAGUUCAAAAAGGUGUAUGUGAGAGGAAAUUGUGUGGAAUUUUCUCCAGAAAUCAUUAAUAGGUUCAUGGGAAGAAGUGAAAAGGAACAAGCUGAAGUGGAGGUAUCUGAUAAUAUCGUUUGCAAAGAAAUCACUACCAAACAGGUGUCACGAUGGCUAAGGAAUGACAAGCUAUCAACUAGUAAGUUGAGUGUGAAGUAUGAUGUGCUUCAUUGGAUAGGAGCUGCCAAUUGGGUUCCUACAAAUCUUACCUCAAUCAUAGCUAUAGGUUUGGGUAAAUUCAUUUACAUUGUUGGAACCAAAACCAAGUUUGAUUUUGGGUCUUAUGUCUUUGAGCAAACCCUGAAGCAUACUAGUACUUUUACUGUGAAAAUUCCUAUUGCUUUUCCCUCUCUAAUUUGUGGAAUAAUUCUCAGUCAGCACCCUAGGAUCUUGAUCAGUUCCCAUGCAGCAAGUAAGAUAGAAUAUCCUCUAUCCUUGCAUUAUAGGUUGUUUGCAGGGACACGUGUUCUAGACAUUGUCAUGACAUUUGGCAAGAAAUAUACCAUCUCUACUUUUAGGACAAGAAUCAUUGCUGAACUAAAAGACAUAUGCAAAACCUUGGAUGAAACCAUCAAAGCUUGUAAUGAAAAGAAGAGCAGGCUUGAGAUCCUGAUAAAUGCUUUGUCUGAAGAAGAUGUUGAGGGAAACCUGGAUGGUGAUAAGGAGGAGUAUAAUGAGGUUGAAGAUGAUGCUGAUGCAAGUGGUGAUGAUGUUGAAGAGACAACCAACAUUAAUGAUGACUAA